AACUUUUUCAACUUCCUUCAUUUUUUCGGCUCUGUUAAUCGCGGCCACGCCAUCCAGUGCCCGACACGCCUACGGUAUAUUUUGAACCUCCUAGGACCAUACCGAGGCGCACUACCCUGGCGCGCAGGUCGCUCCUGGGAUUCCGCGCGUCGGUUGCGUGGGCGCAGCCCGCCAUUGUUGGGCGGCAUCGCCCAACGCUGUUUUCGCAGUUUUCGAUGGCGGCUGAUGCCGCAACGCAACAGGCCGCCGCGGCCGCGGCCACGGUCACGGCCACGGCUACGGCUGCGGUGAAGAAGCCCAAGCUUCAUGGGCGCGCCUUCUACGAGAGCAUUGGUUCGCCAAAGUACAUUGUAGCGCCCAUGGUGGAUCAGUCCGAGUUCGCCUGGCGCAUGCUGUCACGGUCCUUCCUCCCAGAGUCGCAGCGCUCUAGCGUGCUGGCCUACUCGCCCAUGUUACACGCCCGGAUCUUCAUCGAGAGCAAGAAAUACCGCGACCAGCACUUCCAGCCAACAAAGCCCGAUUCCGAUGCGCUCUUCCUCGACGGAAAUCCCGCCAUCGACCGGCCCUUCUUUGUGCAGUUCUGCGCUAAUGACCCGCAAGCCCUUCUCAACGCGGCCCGGAUAGUUGCCCCCCACUGCGACGCAGUCGACCUCAACCUGGGUUGCCCGCAGGGCAUCGCCAGGAAGGGCCACUACGGCUCCUUCUUGCAAGAGGACCAGGACCUGAUCCACCGGCUCAUCAAGACCCUGCACGAGAAUCUCGACAUCCCCGUCACCGCGAAGAUCCGUAUCCUCGACACGAAGGAGGCGACCCUCAAGUACGCGCAGAACGUCCUGAGCGCGGGCGCGAGCAUCCUGACGGUACACGGACGGCGGCGCGAGCAGAAGGGGCAUCUGACCGGCCUAGCUGACUGGCAGAUGAUCCGCUACCUGCGCGACAACCUGCCGCCGGAAACGGUUCUCUUCGCGAACGGCAACAUCCUUCAGCACGAAGACCUCGAGAAGUGUCUCGCCGCCACCGGCGCAGACGGCGUCAUGAGCGCCGAAGGGAACCUCAGCAACCCCGGCAUCUUCGCGGCCCCCCCGCCGCCCGGACAAGAGCCCCGCGGCUACUGGCGCGGCAGGGACGGCAGAGGCGGGUGGCGCGUCGACGAAGUCUUCCGCCGCUACCUCGACAUCAUCCACAAAUACGUCCUCGGCGUCUCGCCCCCGCCGAGGAGACCGCUCUUCGUUCCGGGCGACGACACGGCCUGGAUGGAGGAGGAGAUCUUGCUGCCCAACCGCGGCGGGAGGGACCAGGGCAAGCCGAAGAAGCGCCGCGGCGACGCGGCGGAGGAGAACGCCGCCCUGAUGACCGCCAACUUCAUCGGCAUGCAGCCACACCUGUUCUACCUGCUGCGCCACUUUGUCUCGCGCCACCACGACGUGCGGGACGCGCUCGCCAGGGCGCGGCUGGGUGAUAUGGAGACGUACGAGGCCAUAUACCGGAUGGUCGAGAAGAAGGUGGCCGAGGGGCUGCUCGAGUACGAGAGGACGGGGGGGAAGAGUGUCGAGGAGGAUGAGCCACCACCAGCUGCUGCCGCGGCAGAGGCGGGCGAGGACGACGACCCGGAGAGCUCUGCCCGCGCGGUGCGUGAGUGCAAGCGGCCGUGGUGGGUUGUCCAACCCGUCAUCCGGCCGCUGCCCAAGGAGGCCUUGGCCAGGGGGGCGGUCCAACUCAGCAAGAAGGAGCGGAAGAGGGUGGCGGCCGAGAUGGAGGAGGAGCAGAAGAAAGAGAAUGCCGCGAAUAAGAGGCCCAAGGACGCGGCGGCCGCCGCGGACGGGGCACAGGCUGCGGUCGCCGAGUCCGUCGCCGCGACUGCUGCGGCGACGCAGUCGCUGGAGAAGACCACCAGUUACCCGGCCAGUGAGCUAGUAAGUGGGUGAGCCCUCGCCGCGAGCGAGGAUUGCUUUCUUGGACACACUGCGACGGGCGACCUCGCGACCUCUCUCGGGAGGCGAUGGAAGAGUUGCGAGCAGGGCCGAUCCCCUUUGAGCUGCUGCAGCGGAGACAAGCGAGUCAGCGAACGGC